CACCCGGAGCGAGGCGCGCGCUCCACCCUGCCACCUUUGCUGGGCCUGGGGGGCGGGAGGCGCAGGUAUCAGACGAAGCCAUCCUGCAAUCCUGAGCCGAAGUCAAGUAGCCUAGCCAAUCAGCGUGCGGGCAGUUCUCUUUAGUUCUCAGUUGUGAGUUCUUUUCAGUUCGCAGGAGAUAAAGGCGGGGCAAGGUUUGGGCACGGCCGAUGAUUGGGCAAAAUGAGAACCUUUAAGCCUAUCGAAGAGCACCACGUGGGCGGGACUACAGAAACCCGGGCCCUUACCGCAGCAGGCCGGGAGUCUUCCAGGCCCGCGGGGAUCUGCGGCCGCCCUCUAGGGGCGGGCAGAGGCGGAGUUCCGCGCUGCAGUAUGCAAUCCGUACGGUCUGCGUUCUGGGCCAGCCAUCUGGCCCUGUCCGUCAUGCUGGAGGUCGCCCUCAACCAGGUGGAUGUGUGGGGCGCGCAGGCCGGUCUGGUAGUGGCUGGGUACUAUCAUGCCAAUGCAGCCCUGGACGACCAGAGUGCCUGGACCCUGGCCUCGAAAAUUGCUGGGCGGAUUGCAGAAUUCUUCCCUGGUGCAGUCCUUAUUAUGUUGGAUAAUCAGAAACUGGUGUCUCAGCCUCAUGUGCCCCCCGUCAUCGUCCUAGAAAACCAUGGUCUCCGCUGGGUCCCCAAGGACAAGAACUUGGGGGGUGGUUAUGAUUUCAGAGUGAUGUGGAGGGACUGGGAAGAGUCACGGCAGAUGGUGGGAGCACUACUAGAGGGCCGGGCCCACCAGCACCUUGUGGACUUUGACUGCCACCUUGAUGACAUCCGGCAGGACUGGACCAACCAGCAGCUAAACACCCAAAUCACCCAGUGGGUGGGUCCCACCAAUGGAAAGACCUGAGCCAGAGCUGGGGGCAUGGUAGGAGGGGAAGGGUCAGGAUCCAAUAAAAAUACUUGAAUGAAA